AUGCACCACCCCCAACCGUCCCCGCCAACGUCGGCAUCCCGUGCCCACCCCACGCAGCACCAGCCUCUUCCCCCAUCUCUGCCCGACGAGGAAGAGGACGACGUAGACUGCAUCGUGUGCGUGAGCGAGUGCACCUGCCGCCGGCCGUCCACCUCGACCCCGACGUCCGCCCCCAACUCCAUCUCCACCGCCGCCGCCGCCGCUCCUCCUCCCAAAGCGAGCUUCCCGGUGCUGAAGAUCAAGCUCCCCGCCGGCGUCGCCAAGCCCAAGCUGCCCCCCUCUCGAGAACCACAACCACAAGCGCACCAGCCGCCGCCGCCGUACGCAGGCCAUGCAAACGGCGGCGCAUAUACGCACGCGCAGGCGAAGAAGCGCGGUCGGCCGACGAAGGAGAUGGUCGCCGCCCGCGCCGCCCAGUCCGCCCUGUUCACCGACCCCAUCAUCCCGCGGCGCCAGCCCAAGACCAAAGCGGCCUCCGCCCUCGCCGCCUACGCGCCCAAACUGAAAGCAGCAGCAGCAGCAGCAGCAGCCGCAAAGCCCAAGAACACCACCAGCAUGAAGAAGAAGAAGGCGGUCGCGAAGAAGCCCCCGGGCAGGGCCACGACCGGAAACGUAUCCGCCGCCUCCGCCGCCAACGCGAACAACAAGAAGAAACGCCGGCGGUCGGCCGUGUUCUCCGACACCGACUCGGACUCGUCAACGGAUGACGACGACGAGGCGAUGGCGCUUUCGGAUUCCACCACAUCGGCCGCGCACUUCCCGACCUUCGUCUCCGCCUCCGCCGUCUCCUCCUCCGACCUCUCCUCCGCCUCCAGCUCCUCCUCCUCCUCCUCCUCCGACUCGGACUCGGACUCGACCACGACCGCCGGCUUUGGCGACACCGACAGCGAGGUCGAGCAGGAGGAGGAGCGCUACCUCAUCUCGGAAGCCGCGCGGCAGCAGCGCCGGCUCAGGAAGGAGCUGCUUGGCGACGACGCCGCCGGCCAGAACGGCAACAAAAGAAGGGAGAGCCGGUGGGAGAUCAAGCCGAGGAAGAAGAGCGUCGGGCCGGGCGAGCACGAUAUGGACGUGGACGAGGACGACGAGGAGUCGGACGCGAGCGGCGAGGGAGGAGGCUCGGAGGACGGAGAGGACGAGGAAGACGGAGAGGAUGAAGAGGAGAAGGAGGGAGAGGCGGACGAGGAGGAGGGCGCGGGAGACGCGACGGCGGACGAGCGGGGCGGUGGGUAUGCCGGGAUCGGCACCGGCUGGUCGGACGACGAGGAGGACACGUUCGACGCCGACCUGUUCUUCGCCAACCUGAGCUCGAGCACGGACUCGGAAGCGGAGGACGGCGGCGCGACGUUCGGCUGCUUCGACUUUGGCGGCAGCCCCGCGGCGAGCGAUGCGUUGUCGACGGCGGCGGCGGCGGCGGGCGCCCCGAUCGCGCGCACCCAUUCGUACGAGAUGCGUAACCCGGGCGUGUGGGCCGACGUCGGCGGGCUCGAAGACAGCAGCGGCGUCGCCAUGCCGCAGCUGCUCGACCUCGACUUCCGCUUCUUCGCCUCCGCGACGGCACCCGCUCCGGCAGACCCGACGGCGGCGUGCGACGCGUCGAUGGACGAGGACCCGGAGCUCCCCAACACGUCCGACGACCGCGAGCACGAGUCGGACGAGGCCGCGCCCGGCGACGACGACGCCGGGAGCUCGGGCGACACCACCGAGGACGACUUCGUGGACGACGCCGGCCUGCCGACGCCCCGCGCCAUGGCGCUCUUCCGCUGGCCCGCCGCAGCGGCGGCGGUCACCGUCGACCCGCGCUCGACCGUCUCCUCCUCCCCCGCGUCGUCCCUCGUCCCGCCCAGGAAACACGCGCCGUCGCCGUGCCGCCCCGCCGACAUCCUCGCGGGCCGCGUGUACGCAGACGAGAGCGACGACGAGCGCGCGGACGGAUGGCGCCCGCGCCCGCGCAUGGGCGUGUUCGUCCAGACCCCCGGCGCCGGCAGCGAGGCCGCGCGGCGCGUCGUGAUGAUCGACGGCGAGAAGCGGGAGGGCAAGCCGCCGCCUCCGAGUCCGUUCCCGCGCCGCCGCCGGCGUGGGCGCGUCUUGCGGCGACCAGACCUGCACCGGAGCAUCGUGGAGAGCCUCGCGAGCGCGAAUCACGGGAUCGCGCUCGACCUGCCGCCGUCGUCGUCCGCGACGGACGCGCCGACGACGGACUCGAUCGAGCUCGACGACGUGCUCGACGCGUCGAUCCUCACCUCGGACGCGGACGACGACUCGGACGACCACGCCUCCUCGGGCGGGCGCGCGCACCUGCGCAGCCUGAGCCGGUGGGAGGUCGUCCCGAUGGGCGCGUUCCGCCAGGCGCGCGAGGAGGUGGCCGCGGCGGGCGGCGGCGCGCCCGGCGCGAGCGCGGCCGCGCCCCCGUUCGACGCGCUCGUGUGGCGGGCGCGCGCGGAGGAGGGGGAGGAGGAGGAGCUCGAGCUCGAGGCCUCCGCGGGCGCGGGCGCGAUGCGGGACGGCGGGCGCGCGACCGAGCUCCAGUCGCCGACGAAGGCGCGCAAGGAGUCGCGGCAGGAGAAGCGGCUCAAGCGCCGGCUCAUGGGCACGCCGCACCCGCCGGCGCACCACCCCCACGCGCAUCCGGCGCAUCUGCACCACCACCACCACCACCAUCACCACUACGCGAACAACAAGAGCCGCGCGACGAGCGCGGUGCAGCGCGCGGGCGGCUUUUUCGGCGGCUCCCCCGCUGGCGGCGUCUGAUCCUUGUUUUUUCGAUAUCGAGCUGCGCGACACGUCAGGGGGUGGUCUUGUACCCCCCCCCUGGCAUUAGCAUUAUGCAAACCAUCUUAUUCACCGCCUCCCCUUUCCCUCCCUCCCUCCAAUCCAUGUCUCGUCUUAUCGCGGUCCUCCUCGUCAAUGCCAAUGGUCGUUCCCAAGUCUCUCUGCCACCAUCCCGGUCUCGGUCAACAUCAUCCCCCUCGUUCUCGGUCUCAUCGUCACUUCCGGCCUCCUCCAUCCCUCAACUUCAACGGUCCACGGUCCCAUCGUCUGUCUCUCCUGCCCUGUAUAAUUUCCCAAAUUCUGCCCCCCCCCUCUGUCGGUCUGCCAAAAACGCGUCCACUCCCCCAAGUGCUAGCCACACAUCUCCCUCCCCACCACCAC